AUGCUGCACAAUUGGGACGUGGAUUGUGGGCGCUGGGAGGAGCGAAUAGAAAUCACGAAAACAAUUUCUUUGAACCUGAUACAAACCCAAACCUCCAGAGCGCUACAGAGCGGCCCUCACUCCCUGUCGUUUCGUCCCUGUAUAGCCACUGUCUCACUCGCCCAUCACCCACGCUCCUCCUCUCUCUCUCUCUCUCUCUGUGCAGGGUGUGGUCUGGAGUUUUUACUCAUGCUGUGCACUGGUCUGGAGCUGCCUCUGUCCUGGUCCUGCCCGCGGCACUGCGUCUGCUACUCCUCCCCGACCACGGUGAGCUGCCAGGCCCACAACUUCCUGACGGUGCCCGAGGGCAUCCCACCGCACAGCGAGCGCAUCUUCCUGCAGAACAACCGCAUCACCAUGCUGCUGCGUGGCCACUUCAGCCCCCACACCGUCACCCUCUGGAUCUACUCCAACAACAUCACCUUCAUCGACCCCGACACCUUCCAGGGCUUCACCCAGCUGGAGGAGCUCGACCUGGGGGACAACCGCUACCUGCGGGCCCUGGCUGCGGAGACCUUCAGCGGCCUGCCCAAGCUCCACGCGCUGCACCUGUACCGUUGCGGCCUCUCCUCCCUGCCCAGCGGGAUCUUCCAGGGGCUGCGCAGCCUGCAGUAUCUCUACCUGCAGGACAACCGGAUCGAGUUCCUCCAGGACAACUUGUUUGCCGACCUGAUGAACCUGAGCCAGCUCUUCCUGCACGGCAACCGGCUGUGGAGCUUGCACCAGGACACGUUCCACGGGCUCUCCAGCCUGGACCGGCUCCUGCUGCAUGAGAACCAGCUGCAGUGGGUGCACCGAGGGACCUUCCACGACCUGAAGAAGCUCACCACCCUCUACCUGUUCAACAACAGCCUGGCAGAGCUGUCUGGGGAGUGCCUGGCCCAGCUGCCCUCCCUGGAGUACCUGCGGCUCAACGGCAACCCCUGGGAGUGCGACUGCAAGACCCGCUCGCUUUGGGACUGGCUCCAGCGUUUCAGAGGAUCCAGCUCCAGCGUUCUCUGUGAGUCUCCCCCAGACCUCAGGGGCAGGGACCUCAAGCGCCUGACCAAGGAGGACUUCCCCAGCUGCUCCGGCUCCGAGUCCCUCCAUCAGAUCAAGACCUGGACCACAGCGGACAAGAACUCUUUCAAGAAGGACCACCAUAGCCGUCAUCACCACCCCAGCAACCGCCAGCACCCGCCCCCAGAUGUUGCCCCCCUGCCGGCAGGUGGCUCGGACAGCCCCUCUUCCUCCGACAAGAGCCCCCCUCCGUCAUCCACCGGCGAGGGCCACAGGCCCCACGGGGCCCGCAACUGCAGCCGUCAGCGUCCCCGGGGGCCCAAGAAGAUUCUGAAAGGGGUGAACGCACUGGAGGAGAUGGCGGACAAGGAGCCCCAGGAAUACCCCGGGGAAGGGAAAUUCGGGUACCCCCGGAAGAAACCCAAGUGCACACGCCCUCCCCCUCUGCGCCCCCCCAGCGGGGUUCAGCAAGCCAACGGGAGCAGCGCAGCCUCGGGGCAGCAGCACCCCACAGCCUGUUUAAUGAACCUCAUAGCGUCUGCCCUGCUGGCUGCCCUGGCUGCUGUGAUACGCUGAACCGUUCUGCCAAGCCCCGCCCUCCCAACGAAGCCACGCCCCUCCACUACGCUUGUGUGUGUGUGUGUGUGUGUGUGUGAGAAUGUGAGGGUUGGGUUUUGUUUUAAAUAUAAAACAGGACACAAAAAAAAGUGACAAAACAACCUCUGUAUGUGCUAGCACUGCCACUGAUCUGAUUAUUAUUAUUUUUUUCCUGGAAGAAAGGGCCUUUGGAAUGUGUUGAAUAAAACAAAACUGGGAACACUUGGAGUGAUAAAAGACAGAUCUGAAAGAAAUUAAGACAUCUUGGUUGUGACUCAUGGUGGGAGUCAAGGGAGCAGAAAGAAGAUCAGGAGACUUUUUAGUUUAAAAAAAACAAAUUAAUUUCUGCCAAAUCUCUAAUAAGUAGAGGGCAAGCGAUCCCCCGAACACACACAACCCUAAAAAAAAAAAAAAGUAUUUAAAAAGAAAACAUCAACGAUUAUUACGUGAUGCUACAUUCCCCAUAAUUCUCUUUUUCAUUAAACUACAUUCUGUUCACCACAUAGAUUUAAUGUACUUAACUGAUGAGUUCGUAAUGAUCAGGUUUAAAAUGAACUAGAAGUAUUGGUAAGUCAUCAGAAAGCUUGUCUUUCUACAUGCUUUCCCUGUGAAAGGCGCUCUUACCAUAGCGGAACACUGUUCGUCUCAUUAUCUUCACGUCUGUUUUCACGUCCUUUACAUUUCAAACACACGGCGAGCUCGGGGGGUUUUGCAAGCGUAUACAAGUGAAAUAUCCAGGAGGCUGUCAGCUUUACUUUCCCCGGCUUCAAGGAGCCAGUGUUGGGCUUGAUAUUCUUCAGGAUCAAUAAUACUACAGAAUCCUCCCUUCUUCCCUCAAGAUCACUUCGGCAUCACCUGAGGAGAUGCAGAGUGCAAACACAGACCAAGGACUGGCCUAAAACCAGUCUAGAAUGCCCUAUACCAUGGGUCAUUGGCGUUCUAGAAUGACCUAGAUCUGGACUGCAAACUGGUCUAGAACUGGCUAAAGAAGCUUGGAGCAAAACAGUAGCUUCUGGGGCACACCCAGAUAGACAUGCCAGUAAGCAGGCAGGCAACAUCUGAACCAAAAGACAUGCUGUGUGUAUGCUGCUCUGACUAUAACAAUAGCAAUGAUGAUAAUAAUAUGAAUAUAAUAAUACUAAUUACAGGGUCUCUUUCCAAUGUUGAGGGGUGGUGUUUUUGUAAUGUCUUCUCACUAUUCUUUAAUAUAAAUACACAGUGUCCACCCCCCCCCCCCCCCCCCCCAUUACCCAACUGUACUGUAUGUUGUUAAAAAAAACAACAACAUCAAACAAGUUUAUAAAGGA